UUAUAAUGGAUCAUUAGUAUGGUGAAAGUGUUUAUGUGCUUGGCUGAUGGUCCCAAAACGACUGAAAUUAUGAUCGAAAGCACAGGAGUAAUUGGUUAAUGUCAUAUGGUCAGAUCGACUAAAACUGCGCUGAUGAGGCCUCCCUCUUUUCCUUUAGCGAGCAACCCUGAAAUGACUCCGGAGUUACAUUAGCACUGCAUGCGUCGAGAAGUGUUCAAACCUUGCCGUGUGGUCAUGCGUUGCAGAUGAUGGAGGAUUUCUCUGGAUUGGCUCUGCCGCCGCUCUUCGGGGGUCACAUCCUGGAGGCCGAGCUGGAGGCCGCCGCGGUGGAGCUGGCUCCCGGGCCCGCGGUGGAGCUGGCUCCCGGGCCCACGGUGGAGCUGGCUCCUGGGCCCGCGGAGGUCAUGGAUGGCCCGGGGCGGGACAGCGCGGAGGAGCGGACGGAAGUGCAGAAGAGGAAAUGCCAGGCGCUAAGCAAGAGGUGCAAGGAGAUCGAGCAGGUUAAUGAGCGGAUACUGGGUCGCCUGUACCAGGUCCAAAGACUGUUGCGCAGAAUGAAGAAAGAGAGAAGGUUCCUCAUGAAGACUCUGGACUCAUACGGAGACGAAUACAGGACCGUCCAGUUCACCAUCCCGUUAGAGGAUGAGGGUGGAGCCAUUUUAGAUUGUGUAACUGGUGGAGACGAUGAUGGCUCCUCCCCCUCAGUGCCCCACCAGGCAGUGGGUGGACCCAAGAAAAAGAGGCAUAGAGUUCAGAAGGAAAGGGAGGGAGACUCAGGCCGAGUCUGAACUCUGACCUCUCCAUGAUGUCUGAAAUUCCAUGCCUUGGGUUUGCCAGUCCCACCAGAUUCACCUUUAUCAGAGACGCAUGGGGAACCUGGGAUGACUUUUUGUAUUGCGAGCAGAGUGUGUACACUGUCCAGUGUGAAGUAUAUAUUACUAGGACUGGUGCACAUUAAGCCAAAGCACUCCAGUGGUGAACAGAAUAUGUGCUGGGGUCAGCUCCUGUGGUGGGGCUUUAUUUUUACUCACCCUUCCAUUUCUUUUGAUUGUAACCCUACUAUUGCACUGACAGAUUUUAAUAAAUAAAUGGAGUUUGGAAUUGA